CUUCCCCCUCCGAUAUUUUAUUUACUCCCAAAACCAAGAUGGCUCCCGUGAAUGUGUCGGUCCCAUAGCAAAUAGAGGAUGCGAGUAGCUGCCGGAAAAACAACUUUCCCUCGACCGUCGCAUCCCCUGGAGUCCGUUUCGUAUGGUUCGGAGGAGGCCGCCACCUCCGCGUAGCCGCUAAGCAGCUGUUGGGGCUUCGCGGAACCGUCUUCAAGGCACCUAUUUGGAAUAGUUUGGCCAAGUAUCUUGGUCUCCUCUUCGCCGUGUGUCCGGAGAGAGGUGCGGGAAGGCGGCUCAACCAAAUGGCCGAACCGAGAAAAGUGCAGUUUGUCACCCUGUCGGCCUUCGCUGCCGGGGCCGCCUCGGAGUCGAGGAAACGCCGGUUGGAGGACGAGGCCGACUGUAACUUAAGCGAAGACGACGAGAUUGUAACGACGGCGGCGGAAGGCUUGACGGAGACCGGGGCAGGAGGCGCCGCUAGCCGCCUCGCCAAAGCCGUUGAGAGGGACAAGGCUGGAGCCGAGAAGAGGGUGACGGUGCGGUUCAACCUGCCCCUUAGCGAGCCUGACGACCGCGCCUCUGCCGAGUUCAAUUACGGCGAACUCCUCCACAACCUUCAGCCAAAGAACAAAGCUCCAAGUGUGACUCUGGCCCCCAACCCCAACGACCCCUUCGAUGAUGACGAGAAAGAGCGACGACAGGUGGAAGCUCUGGCGAAGAAGUUUGAGAGUAAAUAUGGAAGCGUGACAAAAAAGAGGAAGGACAGAAUGCAAGAUUUGAUUGAUAUUGGCUUUGGUUACGACGAGACAGACCCCUUCAUUGACAACUCCGAGGCUUAUGACGAGCUGGUACCCGCCUCUUUGACCACAAAGCUGGGCGGAUUUUACAUCAACACCGGAACGCUGCAGUUCCGAGCGGCGUCCGACUCUGAGGGCGAGGACGACAAGAACACGAAGGACGACAGUGAACAAGCCAAGAUGAGGAAGAUGAAGGAGCUGACCAACCUGGAGGAGAAGAAGAGCAAUGAACCGAAACAAGGAGUGACCGCCGUCAGCCUCCAUCGGCCUGAGAAGAAGAAGCGUAAGAAGCUGAUGAAGGACUCAUUGUAUUUGGCGGCCAUGCUGCGCCGCUUCAGCAUGGAGAAGGAGCAGAUGCGCAAGAAUAACCUCAGCGUGGCUCCCGCCGGCCUCGCGGGAGGCGUGGCCAACAAGCCCCGCGCCGCCGACGCAGCCAAGCACCUGCUGGCGUCCGACUCGGCCCAGCCGUCGCUCGACACCAACGCCGCCGGCAACAGCGACCUCUUGCUGGCGGACCUGAGCGCCGACCCCGCCGUGAUGUCACUGUUGGGCUCGGCCAAUGAAAAGGAGCUUCAGGACCUCCUCGGUGACCUGGACUUUGGCUUGUUGGACGGCGAACAGCAAGUUUCCUCCACAGUCAGGGAGAACGGCAUCCUGGGAGUCGGCACGCCCGGCCAAAAAGGAGGAACGGGUGGGGGCGCUCAAGGGCGAGGUCCGGGGUCUUCCAGUGGAAUGUUCUCUCCUCCACCGCUGCCUGGGGGGCUGCCCCCUCCUCUCAUCAAACGCAUUGAGGACCUGCGGGCGGCUUCUCGUCAGUUUGAUCAGGAAGGCAGAAAGAAAUUUUUCACUCUGGACAUGAAUAACAUCCUGCUGGACAUCGAGCUACAGGUGCAAAAGCAGCCUCCCGACGUGCGCUCGGGCGUCUACGCGCACAUGGAGGCCUUUGUGCCGUGCAACAAGGAGGCGCUCCUCAAGCGGCUCAAGAAGCUCAGCCUCAAGAUCCAGGUGAGGGCGGCUCACUGCGACAACGGGCCCACGCCGACGCCGACCCCCCACAGCAAGGACGACAAGAUGCGGAUGCCGCUCCUGGAGCUGAAGCUGGCCGUGUGCAAUGUGAUGCCCGAGCAGAUCGCCAGGUACAACAUGGACUGCAUGGCCAAGGUGGCAAAGCAGCAGUCAGAGGAGGGGGAGAGGAACGGAUCAGAGGAGGAGGAUGAAGAAAAACCCGGGAAAAGGGUGAUGGGUCCACGCAAAAAGUUUGUCUGGGAUGACAAACUCAGGAGUCUGCUUUGUACACUGGUGCGAGUGAAGCUGAGCUGCUACGACAUGGAAAGCCAAUGUUCUCUGUCCGUGGAGGACUACCUCAAGGCCUUUCUGGAGAACGAGGUCAAACCACUCUGGCCUAAAGGCUGGAUGCAGGCCAGGAUUCUCUUCAAGGAGAGUGUGUCAGUUCACAUUCACCUGACUGGAACCAUGGCCAAGAGGAGGGUGGUGCCCGGGCCCAAGGCCAAAGCUAAGGAAGGCGUGUGGAUCCGCAAGCCGCCGCUGUCCAUGCCUCACGCUCUGUGCGCGCCCGCCUCAUCCGCUUCCUCCGUCAUCUCGACUCGCCCGCCGCCCCUGCCGUCGCCGUCGGAGCUCAUCUGUCUGUCGGACUCUCUGGAUGAGGAUCUGAGUGCCCCCUCUUUGGACUCCAUCUCGCAUGCGCUCGCCCUCCUCACAAACGCCUCCAAGGGCCUGGGCAGCGCCGACAGUCCUCUGUCGCCUCCGCCGCCGCGGAUUCCCACUUCCUCCCCGCCCCCCGUCGCCCCUCACUACCCCUCGCAGGUCACAUGCGCCGCCCCUGUGAAGCUGGUGAGCACAGCGACGGCUUCUUCUACCUCCUCCAGGGUGAACUGCAGGCCCGCUGACUCCACCUACAGUCUGGUUAAGGCGACAGUCGCCCCCAGCCAGAGACAAGUAACCACGACGUCCGGCAACAACAGGCCCAGCGCCAUCAUGGUUGCCAAGACGCAUCCGCACCCCGCACCCUCACCGCCAAAGCAGCGCCCCCCGCCCACGGCGUCUCCUCUGAUUCCCCCCUACCAUCAAAAAGGCUUGGCCGGCGCCACGGUGGGUAGCUUGGGGCUCCCUCAAAGCGUGCUCAAGGGCGGGCCCAAGCUGGCUGGCGUCAGCAAUAACGGCGGCAUGGCACCGUCGUCCUCACCCUCACUCCAAUCCCGCGCCGUCUCCGCGCCUCACCCCACUGCGCCGUCCUUCUGCCCUAGGUCGUCGCCGCCGCUGGUGUGCCAGACUCCCCCCUCCUCCCAAGGCAAAGCCCGCCCCCAGCAGCCCCAGUCAAACUUCAUCACGCCCAUGCAGGCCACGCUCACCAAGCCCUCCCACAGUACCAACUCGUCGCCCAUCAUCAAGCUGACCCCUCGCCCGCCGCCACCCACCCCUCCGCCCUCCUCCUCAUCCUCUUCAUCCCCCUCACCAUCCUCCUCUCCCUCGCACCCAUCUGGGCCGAAACAUCAAUACUCUCCCAAAACUUUCCGACCGCCUUUUGGAAUAACGGGUAGCGUUCAAGGGACUUCCGCCAAGCAGACGUCGGGCGCUUUUACGGGGGGGCCCAAACCCCCAACCCACAACUCCGCUGGCAACAAAAGCUCCUCGUCCGCCGGUCACGCAAACAAAACGCCGCCGCCGUCGCCUUCAGCUAAUCACGCCCAGCGGCAGAGGCUGGUGGGCUCGGCAGGACAGAAUUUAAAGGCGGGAAAUGGCUGGGCGACGCCAGGGGCUUUGGCCACACCCUCCACGACAUCACACCUCUCACAGGUUUCUGCGGCGGGCGGGCCCCUGCUGGGCAGCCCCUCCACGUUGCCCCUGGGCUUCGGCAUGCUUGGCGGCCUGGUGCCCGUCUCGCUGCCCUUCCAGUUCCCCCCGCUGCUCAACUUCAGCCCCCCCGGAGCCCCGGGCCCUGCUGGCAUGAGCUCGGCCCCUGGCUCCAACUCAGGAUACCCCCUAGCACAGAGUGACCUGUUGGAGCUGUACAAAAGCCUCCAGUCCGGGUCGCAGGCCGCUCUACCUCCUCACUUGCAGCUCGCUUUCUCAGACACCAACCAAAGUCAGGGCGGAGACAAGCGGAAGCCAAGCCACUGAGAUCCGCUUCAUUGCAACAGCAUUGGACGUUUAAGUGACUGACUUUUGGGCCAAUGGGAUGCCAUAGAGCUUUUUGUCUAUCUUGCUUUUUUUUUUUUUUCGUGUGGGUUUAGUUUUUUUUGUUUAGUUUUUUUUUUUUAAAUAAUAAAAAAAUGGACCUGGUGGACUUUAGCACACAAAUGAACUUUCUAGAAGACAGUGGGUGAAGAGAAGACUUAUUUUAAUUUUAUUUCUUUGUCAACAUGUUUACAUCAAGCGACCUUGAUCACUGUGGAAGGAGAGGACAUGAGGAUUUCUAUUUCAGCGGUGGAGCAGAGUUCCUGACAAAACGAAAAACAGAAAAUGAAAGAAAUCUGAUGCUUAUUUUUUCUCUUUGUGUCCCUUUUUUAGAGUUUUUAUUGUCGCUUCACUUCCUCAUCGUUCUCGCUCCCACCAAUGACUGUUAAGUAGUAGCUUAAAUUAUAAAUAUUGAUAAAUUAUUUGUAAUUUACACAGGGACAAGUGAUGCUGUUUGUUCGCGUGCGUGUGUUGGAAGGAGAAGAAUAUGUAUGUGUAGAGAAAUAAUAUACUGUUAAUUAAUUCCACAUUCUUUCGACAAUACGGAGUGAGCGUUGCACAGGACGUUUUAUUUCUUUCUUUUUUUUUUGGUGCUGUUUUAUCACACUGGACGUUUUUUUUUGUGUGUUUGGUGCGAUAAAGACUUGAAAUGAGAAUUCAGCAGGAAGACGUGAGAAAAGAUUGUAGCCUACUUGAAUGAAUUUUGUCUUCUAUUAAUUUGUUUUGUAUUGUCAUUUCUCCGACGCAACACGCGCCUUAGUUUGGACGCCGGUAGAAAAAUGUUCUAUGCAGGAUAAAUGUGCAAAAGACACAUACACUUGCCCUCACCCACCCUUCCUCAACUGAUUGAGUACCUCCAUUAACUGUUCUUCCUGACCCUGUCCUUCCUCUGUGCGUUUUAGACUGACAUGGUUGCACCGAGCAUGAAGCCAAAGAUUGUUAUUGUAGCUCUCCUUGAGACUGUGUGUGUGUGUGUGUGUGUGUGUGUCUUGUCUAGUCAUGUGACCCACAGCAGUGAUGACCCUUGGUUUGGGUGAAGGGGGGGUGAGGGUGAGGCCUCCUGCCUGAAGGGUAGUGUGGUAAAGUGUGAACAAUAACAUUUCUCUGUGAAUCGAUGGCUUCAUUUGAUUAUAUUUUAUUUUAAAUAGAUUUUCUUUCUCUUCCGUGUGUCAAAUAUGGAAUUAAAAACAAGUGGUUUCCA